UGGCCGGGUUGGCUGGUUAUAACCGCGCAGAUUAUGUUCACGGGACUCAGAGUUGAAGGCUCCUCUCCCUACCGAGCAGCUCCGCGCGCGGCCCCGCGAGAGAGCCCGGCGCAACUACUUUCUUCCCUUUCCUUUCUUUCUUUCUUCUUCUCUUUUUUUCCCCUGCUGGGUAGUGGCGGCGGCGGGGUGGGGGAGACUUUGAAUGACCGAGCUCGCGUCCACCUUUCUCUUCAUGUCGACGUCCCUGGAAACAGUCACACGGAUGCCAUGGUUACUUCUGCCACGAUCUUACAGGUGAACAAGGUGAUGUCCAUCUUGUUUUAUGUGAUAUUUCUCGCGUAUCUCCGUGGCAUCCAAGGUAACAACAUGGAUCAAAGGAGUUUGCCCGAAGACUCGCUAAAUUCCCUGAUAAUUAAGCUGAUCCAGGCAGAUAUUCUGAAGAACAAGCUCUCCAAGCAGAUGGUGGACAUUAAGGAGAAUUACCAGAGCACCCUGCCCAAAGCAGAGGCCCCCCGCAAGCCGGAGCAGCGAGAGCCCGCCAAGUCGGAAUUCCAGCCAGUGAUUGCAACGGACACGGAACUGCUGCGGCAGCAGAGGCGCUACAGCUCGCCCCGGGUCCUGCUGAGUGACAGCACCCCCCUGCAGCCCCCUCCCUUGUAUCUCAUGGAGGAUUACGUGGGCAACCCUGUGGCCGCAAACAGAACGUCACGGAGGAAGAGGUACGCGGAGCACAAGAGUCACCGAGGGGAGUACUCCGUAUGCGACAGCGAGAGUCUGUGGGUAACCGACAAGUCAUCGGCCAUCGACAUUCGGGGACACCAGGUGACAGUGCUGGGGGAGAUCAAAACCGGCAACUCUCCCGUCAAACAAUAUUUUUAUGAGACACGAUGUAAAGAAGCCAGGCCCGUCAAAAACGGUUGCAGGGGCAUUGACGAUAAACACUGGAACUCUCAGUGCAAAACGUCCCAGACCUACGUCCGAGCACUGACGUCAGAAAACAAUAAACUUGUGGGCUGGCGAUGGAUACGGAUAGACACCUCCUGUGUGUGUGCCUUGUCGAGAAAAAUCGGAAGAACAUAAAUUGGCAUCUCUCCCCAUAUAUAAAUUAUUACUUUAAAUUAUAUGAUAUGCAUGUAGCAUAUAAAUGUUUAUAUUGUUUUUAUAUAUUAUAAGUUGACCUUUAUUUAUUAAACUUCAGCAACCCUACAGUAUAUAAGCUUUUUUCUCAAUAAAAUCCGUGUGCUUGCCUUCCCUCAGGCCUCUCCCAUCUGUUAAACCUUAUUUUGUGACCUGGCUCUCGGGAGCCGCUCUGUAAAAUCUAUGUACACCAGUAUUCUGCAUUCAGUAUUUGUCAAGGCCAUGACUGUCGUUUUAGUAAACUUGUUAAAAUCA